AGAGGAUUAAGACAUAAACAAGACAAAACAAGAAGAAGAGAUUUAUUUAUUACAUAAAAAUGGUUGUCGCCAAUGAUCUCUCGUCCAAGAUUCUCCCCAGAGUUCUCAUCGUCUCUCGUCGGACUCUCCGCAAGAACAAGUACGUGGACUUCGUAGGAGAAUACCAUCUCGAUCUCAUCGUCUCCUCCGGUGCCGUCCCUGUCAUUGUCCCACGUGUCAAUGGGAUCCAUUCUAUGCUCCAGAGCUUCGAGCCUAUUCAUGGUGUCCUCCUCUGCGAAGGAGAAGAUGUCGAUCCUUCUCUCUACGCGGACGAUGAAUUAUCAGACCUCUCGCCAGAAGACAUGGAGGAGAUUAAGAAGGCGCAUGCAGAGGACAUGACCAUCGACCGAGAGAAAGACAGCAUUGAGCUGACUCUAGCUAGACUCUGUCUCGAAAGAAACAUUCCUUUCUUAGGCAUUUGUCGUGGCUCUCAGAUUCUCAACGUUGCCGCAGGUGGAACUCUUUACCAAGACAUCGACAAAGAACUCGGAACUACGAUGACAACGACAAAUCAUAUAGAUUAUGACAACUACGAUGGGCACAGACACGAGGCUAGAAUCGUGGAGGAGACUCCGUUACAUAAGUUGUUCGAGGAGAUGGAGAUAAUGGUGAACUCGUAUCACCAUCAAGGUGUGAAGAGACUGGCUCAACGUUUUGUGCCGAUGGCUUAUGCUCCUGAUGGUUUGAUUGAAGGAUUUUAUGAUCCGAAUCGAUAUGAUCCAAAGGAAGGUCAGUUCUUGAUGGGUCUGCAGUUUCAUCCAGAGAGGAUGAGGCUUCCAGGCUCUGAUGAGUUUGAUUAUCCAGGCUGCGCUUUAGUUUAUCAGGAGUUUGUGAAAGCUGUGAUCGCAUUUCAGAAGAAACAAGUAAACGCAACACAGGUUGAGAUGAAGAGGAAGACCACCACACUCGUCAAAAGCUUCUCCCAAGCUGAGUUUCUAGAGGUCAGAGAUUCGUUUGUUUUACAUACAUACAGGCUCUAUGUUUUGCCACUCAAUAUUGGAUUUUCUGACAUGGCUGAAUGAAUCAUGCAGGCUAAUACAGUUCUAAGCAAGCAACAAGAGAAUAGGCUGAAGCAGAUGGGAGCGACGGUGAGGAACUCAUGUGUGUAUAUGAAAAGGAUGAAAAUGAAAGAGGAACAAGAGAGAGCAAUGGACAAACUUUCGGCGGAGCGGCUGUCUGAUAUGCUUUCCUUCCACCAUAUGAUGGCUCGUCUUUGCUCCAAUGCCAUCAAGAGAAAACUACUAGAACCCGAACACACAGAUAGGACCAUAGAGUCCUCCUUUUUUCUCAACUAUUAGCCUUUAUUGCAAAAACAGUUUUACACACAAUAAGAAAACUAGCAUUCUGUGAAUUUACAGAAGCUACCAAAUGAAAAACUUUUGACAGUAUCCUAUAUGUAAGGUUUCCUCAAGACAGUAAUCAUAAAGAGUUCCUUUUUAUAA